AACUCUCUCUCUCUCUCUCUCUCUAAAUACACUGGUGAGCAAAAAACUGGAGAGAGAAGGAGCCAAAAACCGAAAUCCAACGUUCUCCCUCAUUUUCUCGCGAAAUCAGGUUCCCGCGGGAUUUCGAUCCAAUCCGCCGCACGGCGCUUCUCAGCCCCCGAUUAGAGGCGGAGCUGAGGACUGAGAACGGAACCUUAAGGCGGCGGCGACGACGAUCGGAUCGAUCAUGUCGUCCAAGUCUCUACCUUACUCCAAGAAAGAUGUCCACUACGACAACGCCAAGUUCCGCCAUCGCUCCUUCUUCAAGGUGAUAACUCAAAACUUGCACACCAGUAACGUAAAGAAUCAUUGUAUGAGUUGUAGUACGGGAAAGUUUCUACUUUUACUAAUGAUAUUCGGUGUAGCGUAUCUUAUGCUCACACAUACAAGUCCCACCACUGAUGGAUUAGUGAAAGGUAGUAAGAAUGGUACGUAUGAGCACAUUACGAGUGGCGGCAUUAGGUUUGGAAAUAUUUUCCGAAAGCCUCCAAGGCUUCCUCCUCAGUUGCCGCCUGACGUAAAAGGUAGUCGUGGUAACACUGGUCUUGAUCAUAGGAAGUUAAAUUCUGACUUGAAAUGGAUAGCUAGGCAACAAAAUGUGAAGAAGGCAUUUAUUCAUGCGUGGUCAGGAUAUAAAAAGUAUGCAAUGGGUUAUGAUGAGUUGAUGCCCGUGAGCAAGCGGGGGGUUGAUGGGUUAGGUGGUCUAGGUGCAACUAUUGUGGAUGGCCUUGAUACUGCCAUGAUAAUGGGUGCUGACAAAGUUGUUUCUGAAGCUGGUUUAUGGAUUGAAACACACCUUUCAAAUAAGAUUAAUCAGACUAGCCAAGUCAAUUUAUUUGAAACUACAAUACGUGUUUUGGGUGGUCUUUUGAGCGCAUAUCAUCUGAGUUCUGUGGAAAAUGGGAUGGACUCAACACAUAAAGGACCUAAGCCAGUUGUUUAUCUAGAAACUGCUAAGAACUUGGCUGACCGUCUACUAGCUGGUUUUACUUCCAGUCCAACUGCUAUUCCCUUUGGUGAUGUUGUUCUUCGAGAUCCCUCAGCGCAUCCAGCUCCUGAUGGUCGUUGUAGUACUUCAGAAGUGUCUAGUUUGCAGCUUGAGUUUAAUUAUUUAAGUUCAGUUUCUGGUGAUCCAAAGUACACUGUGCAAUCUAUGAGGGUCUUGGAACACAUAAAGACUCUACCUAAGGUGGAAGGACUGGUACCCAUAUUUAUAAGCCCUAGAACUGGUGAGUUUAGUGGAGAAAAUAUAAGACUGGGAUCUCGUGGUGACAGCUACUAUGAAUACCUACUGAAAGUUUGGCUUCAGAAAAAUCGGGAAAGUAAUUUUACGUAUCUCCAUGAUAUGUACGAGGAAGCAAUGAAGGGUGUCAGACACCUUCUUGUUCGGAAAUCAAUCCCAAAUGGAUUGGUUUUUGUAGGGGAAUUGCCUUUCGGAGCUGAUAGUUCUUUUAGUCCCAAAAUGGAUCACCUGGUAUGUUUCUUGCCUGGCACUCUUGCACUCGGUGCCACAAAAGGCCUUACCAAGGAAAAAGCAAUGAGAAAUAAUAUGCUUAACUUUGAGGACCUGGAAAAUUUGAAACUCGCAGAAGAUCUGGCUAAAACAUGCUUUGAAAUGUAUUCAGUAACCUCUACUGGUCUUGCUCCAGAAAUUGCUUACUUCCAUACAGAGGAAUUUUCUGAAGGAGGUCUUGACGGUGGUAACAAGAGUUCUCAAUAUAUGAAUGACAUAAUCAUCAAACCUGCUGAUCGUCAUAAUCUCUUGCGUCCUGAAACUGUGGAAUCAUCAAUGUUUGUAUUGUACCGGAUCACGGAAGAUCCAAAAUAUCGUGAAUGGGGUUGGCAGAUUUUCGAAGCAUUUGAGAAAUAUACAAGGGUUGACACUGGUGGAUACAGUUCUUUGGAUGAUGUAACUUCAGUUCCUCCUCAUAAAAGAGACAAGAUGGAGACGUUCUUUUUGGGCGAGACUCUGAAGUACUUGUACUUGCUGUUUGGAGAUAGUUCUGUUAUUCCAUUGGAUAAAUUUGUUUUUAACACAGAAGCUCAUCCUAUUCCAAUUGAAGGCACUGCCAAAAGGGGAUAAAACUUUGUUGCAUUAAAGCAUCGAUUCAAAGGAAGGAAAGUCUGUAUGGACAAAUUAUACGGUAGCAGGCUGCAAAUGUGCUUUUUCAGACUCACUGGUGUUUCAUGCAUGUUUAUAGAGUAUAUCUGAUUCCGGAAGACAGUAAAUACCCUGGUUGAAGUUUUAGAGGCGGCUUAGUUCGUUUCUUUUCUUGUGCAACUCAUCGGUGAUUCUUCUACGUGAUAAAGAUACAAGAGCUGGAGAAGAAUGAGAAGAUUGAAAUAUGUAGUUCGUGCUAUUUUACAAUUUUGAUUAAUUACCUGAUGGGGUUUACCCAUCGAAAGUAUCAAGGGCCAUAUUCUGUAGUGCACUUUUUUACUUCUCCAGUAGCAUUACUGGCUUCGGGGAACGAAAAUUUAUGUUCCUAUCUUAUUAUACAUUGCCUAAAAGGUUUGUAUCCUUCGAACUUCUCACCUGCAAUGUCAUAAAGAGGGAGACCAACUAUGCUGUUACGAUAUGUUUGAUUCUGCUCAAGGUA